UUAUUUUUCUCCCUUCCUCCCUCUCUCUCCUCUCCAUCCCUUCUUCUUCUUCUCUCUUCUCCUUUUUCUUACUUUUCCUCCAUAACUCGUAAUAAUAAACAUCCAUCUUCCACGCAUCAGCAUUAGAGAGGCUAUUUGAUCUUUUUUGGGUCUUUUUAUCUUCUUCUUAUUACUCCAGCCAUCAUCUCAUAUACACCAAAAUCAUCCACUACCACCAGACAAGAUGAAGUUCUUCGCGACUCUCCUCUUCGCUGCUGUUGGCGUUUCUGCCGCCAGUACGACUUCGCCAGAUACCCCCGGCUCCAGCUGUCUCGCCGACUACAUCCUCGAGGACUGCCUCGGCUCAACCACCAAGACUGCCAACGCUUGCAAGCCCACCGACUACGACUGCCUCUGCGCCGCGUACCAGGCCGUCUUGACCUGCUACAACAACUGCCCCAACGACAUCCGUGCUCCCUCAGUCCAGCAACAGGUCGACUCCUACUGCCGCACCGCCUCCCUCCUGUCUCCCAAGACCACAGCCUCCACCCCCAAGACCAAGACACAGGGCUCUUCAAACUCCGAGGAGACUUCUGGCUCUGCUGCCCCCAGCAAUGACGAUGCUUCCACCACCGACUCUGGUCCCUCUCAGACCGCUGGCUCCCAGUCUCAGACAAGCGCCACUACCGGCGCUCGUAGCUCCAGCACCAACGCCGCCGCUGCUCCCACCAUGGGAAGCGUUGCCGGUCUCGUCAUGGCUGUUGCCGGUGCUGCUGUCGCUAUGAUCUAAUGAGUGAAUGGGAGGAGGAUGAUGUCAAGUGUUUGCAUGCGAAAAGAUUGAAUGAAUUGGAUUGUUGGGCUCGGAGCACAACAAGCGGGCGUAUAAUAAUAAUAGUCGGGAACUGGUUCGGCACGCGUUUGCUCAUGUAAUUCUAGUUUACCUCUUAAUAUGACGUUGGGAUUCCGCGUCAAACCAUCGUACCUAAAGCUCGUGGUGCUCAAUAAUGUUGUAGAGUGAAGGUUGCACAGCU